UAACCUUAUCAAGCCAUACUGGAUCCUCCAGCAGAUCUUCAAAUCUUCCCUUUUUGAGAGAAUAUAAAAAUUUCAGCUCCUUAUGAGUUCUGAGUACAAACUCGCAACCGUCCUCGUGACCUCUAAAUUUUUGAGAAAAAUGAGGACAGUAAAAGGACAUUUUUGCAUCACUAAAUCAAUCUUUAGCAAAGACCACUGACAAGUGGUUAAAAAUUGUUUAAAAGUUCAAUCAUGCAAUGUUUUUCCACUUUCAAGAGAGUUUUGAUUCAGAUUAGCGAUUAUAUUUCAUUUUUUCAAGCAGGAGACCGAUAAAAAAAUAUGCUUUUGUAUCUGCCAACUGAAAAUUCUGAAUAUAUUCCACUUUUCAAAUACCUGUAGCCUGUAGUUCAUUCCAAAAUGAAUUCUGACAACAAUCUGAGCUACCCGCGCUGAUUUUCAGUCAAUCUGAAUUAAAAUCCAAAAAAACUGAAGAAAAUCAAUACCUUUCUGGAAGCUUUAGAACGGUUGGUUGAAAAUGAUCAAAUACAACCUCAGGAAGCUGAACUAAAUAAGAAAGCUGUUUUUUGAAAUCAGCUGCUCUAAUGCUCAAUCAUGUCGUAAUUUUUGCUUAGUGAAAAUGAUUGCAUGUAUUUUUCCACGUGGUGUAACAACAAGAAGAAAAAACAAACAUGUAAAUGAAAGUUGAACCCAUUUGUACUUCUAACACUUCAAGGGUAUCUUUUUAGCUUUCCAGUCAUAAUUCUUUCAGAACACAUCGGAAAUUCGAAAUCAUCGUUAUUUUAUUAUUUUUGUACAAAUUCAUAAGUGCUUAUUUAAAUUUAAUCCAUUCUCUUGUUUGAUUCAUCAGAACAAUUAUCCAAUAUUUCACAAUCACCUAUUGCAAUCGCUGAGUUUUUGUUGUUUUCCAACAUCCACAACGUCGAUAAAUUCCCCUACACCAAAGUUGAGACUCCAGAGUGAAUAGAUUGCAUGAAUUAUUUUUUGAUUAACUGCAGCCACGCCUGGUUCGCCAAAAUUUAUCCAAAACCAUCAACAGGAAUUUGCCUAAAUAAAGCUGUGACCACUGAUCUGUUUUGACAUCUUUCAACGACCUACCUUCAAGCAAAUUGUAUUCGGUUAAAACCUGAUACUGCGCAUCACGUUUUUUUAACCCGGCAGGAAAAAAAAAACAAAUUUGUAAAAACAAUAUCCCUAUCACGAUGUACUAAGUAAAUCUAUCACGUUCUUUUCUGAAAAACAUUCUAAUGUAAACAUAUUUUUCAUUUUUAUCAAAAACUGAUAGCAAAAUUGAUAAAACACGUUGUUCACAGCCUAAGUAGGUAGUUAGUAAUCCAUUAGAUAGGUAACGCUAACGACUUUUUAAAUUUUCCAUUCGAAUGCACAUUUCAGUAACUCUGACAUGCGCCAAAGCAACACUUUUUUCAAAAAAUCCACGAAAGAACGAGCGUCAUUCAUGCAACUACUCAAAUGGAGUUCUUGGUUUCUAGUCACUGGCUUACACGUCACCUAUGCUCUGAGUCAGCCAUGCCCUUUUACAUACACUUCAUCCUUGCCAGAAUUAACGCAAGCCAUACGUUCAUUAACACCUUUAAUAAUGGAAAACUGCGAAAUUAUGGGAUCAUAUCCUGAAGAUAAAAGCUCCUACGUAUACCAACAAUUUUAUCCACAAUAUUAUGAUUUUAUCAUCGUGGGCUCUGGAUCAGCUGGAAGCACGAUUGCAGGUCGUCUGAGUGAAAUACAAGAAUGGAAGGUUUUACUCAUCGAAGCAGGAACUGAUCCGCCAAUUAAUUCCGACAUACCUUUCUUGUUCGCCUCAAUGGUACAAACUCCCUACGACUGGAACUACACAACAACCGUGUCAGGGGACACUUGUAUGGCGUAUGUUGGUAAUCAAUGUACUUGGCCCAGAGGUAAAGUCUUGGGAGGAAGCAGCUCGACAAAUUUUAUUGGCGCGAUACGUGGCAAUGCGAGAGAUUACGAUUAUUGGGAAUCAUUGGGUAAUACUGGCUGGGGUUAUAAGAAUGUACUGAAGUUUUUUAAGAAACUAGAACGCAUACGUAAUCUAAAUUAUGAAGAUAGAUCAGCACAUGGUUAUUUUGGUCCAGUUUACAUAGAACCAUAUACGAACAAAACUGUAUAUGAUGUAAUAAAAGUCAAAAAUUACAUAGCAAGUUAUUGCACCAAAUAUGGAUACAAAAUUGUCGAAGAUAUAAAUGCAAAUAACCAAGCUGGGCUCGCACUGUUACCAGGAACACUUCACAAUGACGUAAGAUGGAAUACUGCCAAAGCAUAUCUUCAACCAGCAAAAGACAGACCCAACUUGACGGUAAUGAAAGGAACAAUGGUCAUUAAAAUAUUAAUCAACAAUCAAAAGCAGGCUUAUGGAGUUGUAGUUCACAAAGAUGGCAAGACAAAGGAAAUAUAUUGCACGAAGGAAGUCAUUGUAUCAGCGGGAGCCAUUAAUUCUCCUCAACUUUUGAUGCUUUCUGGUAUAGGACCAGAAAAGCAUCUGAGGAAGUUGAACAUCAAAGUGAUAAAAAAUGCUUGCGUUGGUUGCAAUUUGCGAGAUCAUUUAUCAGUACACAGUCACAUAGGUAUAAUCAAUGCAGAAUUAGAUGGUUAUGGCGUAGAGCAUGGAGCAGAAUACCUCUUAUAUCGAUAUUUGAGUAGAAGAGAAGACAUAGGUUUAGCGAUGGACGCCAUGUUAUUCAUAAAUACAACCGGUAACACAGCCGAGUACCCAAAUGUACAAGUUUUCCAUACUAUUUUACCUCGAAAUAAUUUCAUGAAGGCAUUCUUUGGCAAACUUUUAAUGUUCAAACCAGAUAUAGGUCAAUUGUUGGCGAACUCGAUCGAAACAAACGCAAUUUUACUCAUGUUCCCUGUAUUACUGAGACCUGAAAGUACAGGAGAAAUUUUACUCAAAAGUAAAAAUUGGUUCGACCCGCCUAUAAUUAUAUCCGGAUAUAUGACUCAGAAAAAAGAUAUAGACGCGUUGACUGAAGCUUUACGUAUUAUAGAAAGCAUAUCUGAAACUAAAACUUUCAAAACAUAUGGAACCCUGAAAGUUCUACAAGCCCCAGCAUGUUUAAAGCUACCUCCAAAAUCAGAUGAAUAUUACGAAUGCCUAAUUCGAUAUUUUGGCACAACGACGUAUCAUCCGAGUGGUACUUGUAGAAUGGGACCUUCGAAGGACUCGACUGCAGUGGUUAGUCCUGAACUGAAAGUUUAUGGAAUAAAAGGAUUAAGAGUGGCUGAUGCAUCGAUAAUGCCUCAACUAACAGCUGGUAACAUAAAUAUACCAGUUAUUAUGAUCGGAGAAAAAGCUGCUGAUAUGGUCAAAAAGGACUGGCUUUGGCUAUGAGACUGUGCACUCAAGAAUGUAAUUUCGUAUAAGGAGAAACUUUUGUACCUACUUGUCCUUGAACUCUGCUUGUUAUUAUUCUUACCCCUGUGACUUUUCUUGACAAAUAAAAGAGUUUAUCACCAAAAAA